CUCAUAUUAUACGUCCGUUGACUGAAACACGUUCAUAGACCUAGGAAUCUAAGGAUAUUCGGUGCCACAAUGAACUUAUCGCACAAUAUAACAGGCAUUGAAGUCCUGUCAGUUGCCACUGAAGUAGCCUCUGCAUGUGAGGGGUCUGCAUAAGUGCAAUGCAGCACGUUCCCGGCUCCGGCGUUGGUGAUCUGAGUACGAUCAACUUUCACUUUCCAGAGUCAAUUGAAACUAAAAAGAGCCUACUCUCAUCAAUCACAGAUAAUAUGGACUCCCCAUCAAUUUCUCAGGUUGCCCCUAAUCUGUUUGUUGGGAAUGUUGCAAGUUCCAUGAAUCGCAAUGUUCUUCGCCAUCACAACAUCACAGCAAUAGUCUCCCUCUUGGACGGCCCAUAUUCGAAAUGGGAGAGUCCCAAAAACAGGCAAAUUGUCCCCCAAGAGCGCCAUUUAUUUGUGCCUUGCCUUGAUAAUUCAACGAUGGACAUCCUCUGCUUAUUAGACGACAUCUGCGACUUUAUCGACCUACAACUAGAUCGUCACGGUUCACUGCGGUCGCCAUCUUCUUUUAUCUCAGAAGAAUUCGACCUUGACACAGCUUCAACCAUCGAAAGCGAAGAUUCGGCGCGAGAGUCGAAUGUAUUGAUCCAUUGUCGCCUUGGGAUGUCCCGAUCAGCUUCCGUUGCAAUAGCAUAUCUAAUGCGUCAACGACAACUGAGUUUGGACGUCAUUAUCGCUGAAGUCAGGGCAAGGCGAAAGGUGAAGCCACGAGGGAACUUUAUGGACCAACUCCAAGUUUGGCAAGCUGUCGAAUAUCAACUAUGGGAGGACAACCAGAAACGAAUCCCCAAGACACCCUAUCAGAGUUACCUUGAUGGCCGAGCUGUAAGACUGGCGGCAAAGGGAUUAACGGGUAACGAGCCCAUAGUCCCGCUCUGUGACUGGGACGAAUAUUGAUCGGGCCGGUCGGUAUCUCUAAGAUCAAUAUGCAAGGAAACGGGAGCUUUGAGGUCAUUGGUUAGUGGGUAUUGCAUCAAGUUUCACCUGGCGCAUAUGAAUGUGGGGGAAGCUGAGCAACAAUAGGAUUGAUUGAAGCGUGAUGAAGCAAGGAGAUGAACAAGACAGAGUAAUAUACUGAAAAGUCCACAAGUACGUCCACGAGGUCCGUGAGAUUUCAAUGAUAUAAAUUCGGAGCAUGUCUUGAGAAGCCAUCGAUUGAAGAUGAGAUAUAUACCUAAUCGUUCAGUAAAUUAGAAG